AUGAGUGCUAGCAGCGCUUCAACAAGGCCGUUACUUGAAAUCGCUUGCUUUGAUGGCAAAUCAGGAAUUCAUGCUGCAGAAGGAGGCGCUGAUCGAAUUGAAUUAUGCCAUGACUAUAAGUCCGGGGGUCUUUCCCCUGAUCCGGCCGUGUUGGUUGAAUUGAAAGCUCAAGUUGACAUUCCAGUUUAUGUGAUGAUUCGUCCACGCCCCAACGACUUUUUCUACAAUAAUGAAGAAUUUCAAGUCAUGAAAUCCACGAUCAUCACGUUGGGAAAGGUGGGGGCGGAUGGCUUUGUUUUUGGCAUUCUUAGCUCCGUCUCUUCGGAGAUUGACGUCAACCGAAAUAAACAGCUGGUUCAACUGGCCGGUGGAAAGCCAUGUACUUUCCACCGUGCUUUUGACUGUAUCCCUGAACAAAAUUGGGGCACAUCACUAAGUCAGCUAGCAGAAUGCGGCUUUUCUUCCAUCCUUACGAGCGGGGGGCCAUCGGGGAAUACAGCCAUGGAGUGCAUUGCCAAGCUCGGUGAACUAUUCCAGCAGGUGGAUUUGGUGCAAUCUAGAAUGGCCUCUGGCUUUCGAGUCCCAGAAAUUAUUGUUGGCGGCGGUGUGAGAUCUUCAAAUGUUCAAUUGCUGUGGGAGGAAACCCAAGCGCGUGUUUUUCAUUCCAGUGCAUUGGUUUCAAGUAGCCAGUUCGCUUCGGCUGGUGAAGUGAGAGCCCUGCUUCAGUCCCUUCAGGGUCCAUCAAUCCCAAAUAAUGUCCAGUAG